AUGGCCGGGUCGCAGUUGAAACGGUUGAAGUUAGCUCUUAAGGAGAAAGGUUUGAUAGGGCAAACCAACUCUGCUUCCAAAAAGGCCAAGAAAUCUAAAACGAGUAGAAGGAAUGAAGUAGAUAGAGAUGAGCGGCAAGCUAAUCUUUCGGAUAUUAGGCUGCAGUUUAAUACCUUUGACCUGAAAAUCAAUAGGACUAAGCAUGAUAUAACUAUUACACAAGGUGGUGAAUUUGUCACUGUUGGUUCGAAGCAGCACAAUGCUUAUACGGCGAAAAAUGGUGCGAUGCAAAGGCAAAUGAAGAUGCAAUAUGAUUUGGAAAAAAAGAAACGGAACAAGACUGGUGGGGUAUUGGAUAGACGAUUUGGUGAGAAUGAUUCUCAUUUGUCGCAGGAGGAGAAAAUGUUGGCUCGGUUUACGCGGGAGAGACAAGCUGCGUUGGGCAAAAAACGCGGUUUAUACUCAUUAGAAAGUGAUGAUGAUAAUGAUGAAGGUGAGGACAAUGGGCAAGAUUCUGGAUUUCAACUAACACAUAGUGGACAGGCAUUGUCAUUGGACGAUGACAGUGAUAAUAUUGUUAGGUACGUUGACGAGGAUCAAGCUAUAGAAGAGCCCAAGAGGAAGAAGAGUAAAAAUGAAGUAAUGAAGGAAAUUAUUGCAAAGUCCAAGUAUUAUAAACAACAGAGACAACAAAAUCUUGCAAAAACACAUGAACAAAUAGACGAAUUGAAUGAGGAUUUUGAUAGUAUCAUGGAUGAUCUAAGGGAAUCCCAGCCUAAGAAACUGCAGUUUUCUACAAAAACACCCGAAAAUAUCGAAUAUGAUAGCAAGGUGAGGGAGUUGGUUUAUGAUAGAAGAGCCGUGCCCGCUGAUAGGACCAAGACCGAGGAGGAACUACUCAAGGAACAUGAAGAAAAGAAAAAGAAAUUAGAACAGGAUAGACUAAAGAGAAUGGAAGGGUUUGUUACCGACCGAGACGCUGAAGGGGAUGAUUUGGAUGAUGUUGAGAAGGUGUUCUGGGGUAGUGGUGAUAGUGAGGAUGAAGGAGAAGGAGAAGGAGAAGGAGAAGACGAAGGCGAAGGAUUUACUAUUGAAGAGGAUGGUGCAAAGAAGGAACUAGAAGAGGGAGGAAAGGUGGAUACGGAAGGCCAAGCUAGGCCAGGAUCUAAAAAAACACCUCCUAUGAUUAUGCCAACAUCCAGUGAGGAGUUCAUAGGUCAUAUGUCUACUCUCCCAUUUGAACAACAAUUAACCUACAUCAAAGGGAUUUGUGAUACGUAUAAACCAAAUUUGGCUAUUGGCAACAAGGAGAAAAUGAAUCAAUUUGUUAGUAUAUUAUUUGAAUAUGUGCUUCAUUUAUCUAACCAAUUCCAGCCAUUUCAACCGAUUUUGAAAAUUUUGAAAAAAUUGAGUUUGUCAUAUAAUGAGCAAUUGGUAGAAACAAUGAGACAAUAUAUACUGGAGAUUGAAUUGAGAACCAAAAGCGAUUUGGAUGCGUUGAGGCCAUCAGAUUUGGUAUUUUUCUUAAUUGUUGCUUACUUGUUCUCGACAUCCGAUCAUUACCAUUUGAUAGUUACGCCUUGUCUUAUCUUGAUGAAUCAAAUCUUGAGUCACAUCAUGUAUAAUCUGGACAUUCGUUUAGAGGACUUGGCAAAGGGAGUAUUUUUAGUCGACGUACUACUCACGUACCAAAGGUUUAGUAAGAGAUUUGAUCCUGAAGUUGUCAACUAUAUUGAAUUUUCCAUGGUUAAUUUAAUUCCAGAACCAGAAUUAUUCAAUUUUGAAGACUCUUUAUCAUUGCAAAAAUCCACGGGGAAAUUGAAUAUUGCCAAAUCACAUAAAUAUCAAGUAGGAGAAGGAGAAGGAGAAGACCACCAAAUUUCACUUUCGGAAAUCUUUAACAAUUGCGACUCGCUUCAACUAAAAUCCAAGCUCAUUGUUAAACUUGUCACAAUAAUUGAUAAAUGCAUAUCAUUGUGGCGAGACAAGAGUUCCUCGAUUGAACUUCUUGAAUCAUUCAUACAGCUUCUUAAACAUUUUUCAAGAUAUACUUCACUAACAUCGCCAUUCCUCGUGAAGUCAUCUAAGCUCCUCAAAGCAGCUCUUGACUCAAGACGUCCACUUGAAUUACAACACCAUAGAUCUUUAGGUAUUGCAACUUAUGCGCCUAAAUUCGAAGAGAAUUUCAACCCCGACAAGAAAUCUUAUGAUACUAAUAUCGAACGCCAACAACUCGCCAAAGUUAAGUCACAAUUGAAGAAGGAACAGAAAGCAGCACUUAAGGAUAUACGAUACGAGAACAGGUUUCUUGCAAGAGAACAAAUUGAAGAGAAAAAAUCAAUGUAUGAUGAAUAUCAUCGGAAAAUGGCCAAGAUUGUUAAUUCUAUUCAAUCUGAAGAAGGAGCAGAAAGAAACCAAUAUGAAAGAGAAAAGAAACAGAGGAAGAAUAAAAAGUAA